CGUGAGGAGGUCACUACACGUCAAGACUCCUCCCUCCUCUCAUCACUAUAAUAGCUACUGGUUGCUAAGCAAUGACCAAUCAGGGAAGGCCCUCACUCCGAGCGAAAUCAAGGCCAGGAAAACAACACUCGAGUGUAUACAGGACUGCCACCCUGAGCAGUUAUUCACAGAGAGUAUAAGUUCCUGAGAAGUGAUUCUCUAUUAGAGCUAGUUAAGGCUCUGAGCUUUGCCUCCAGAGAACCAGAACAUCACCACAGCCUCGGGACUGUGUUUGAUGAAGAGGCUGCUGUGUUCUUUGUAGAGCAACUUGUGGUCGUUGCAGUGGAGAAUAAGGAUCAUAUGUUGCCGAGGAAUUUCCAAGGAAUUGUGAUCAUAACUGCUUUCCGUUCAGAAAUUCUGUGCAUAGUAGCAUUCUUCAAAUGUUGUGAACUGCUCUCUAGUUUAGUACGAUCAGACACCCACAUCACACCUUCUAGCUUUCCCUAUCACUUGACAACCAUACAAAGAUUUAUAGAGAUUGCCGCUAGUCAAGGCUCACUGCAAUAAAUUAUGACGAAACAAUUCCAGAAAAAAACUGGCUCCAACAAAAAGACGUACAGAAGGCUGCUAAAAAAUUGGUGUUGAUGGACGUCGUACUGUUAGACAGACUGCCAUAACGAACCUACAACGAGCGUUACUAGCACAUGAGCUCCAGGUACUGACUGCAGGAGAGUGGCUAGCCUGCUUCCAAGAGGUAUUCUUCCGAUGCUGACUCGGCUGUUGGCUGACCUCUCCUGCUGAGACAGGACUAGUGUUGAGGAGACCAGGGUCAGAGGAUCAAACUUACUCUGCAAGGUGAGGUGUUUCUCCAGCACUUGCUGUCUCUCUCCCUGACAUUACCUGUCUGUGUUCUACUGAGUGUGUCUAAUUAUUAAACAAUGGUACAGAUCAAGGAGCCUCUUUUCUAUACCAGCAUAUCUUUGGCAUCUCAGAAACAGCCAUAUAUAGCUACUGAAGGCAUUCUUCAAAUGUUGUAAACUGCUCUCUAGUUUAGUACGAUCAGACUCUCACAUCACACCCUCUAACUUCUUCAUCACCUUGACAACCAUACGAAAAUUCACAGAGAUUUGCCGCUAGUCAAGGCUCACUCCAAUAUGACGAAACUAUUCCAAAAAAUCCGAAAACUGGCUCCAACAAAAAAGACAAAAAUUCUCAGAAACAAUCAAAGGCUGCUGAAAAAUCAGACGCUACGAAACAGAGUAAUAGUCUAAUAUAAUUAUGCCACGUCUUCACUGAGAUUAUUGGAUGCACUAUACACCAUGAGUACCUCAUGUGUACGACGAUCAAGCCGUUGCUAAGCUACACGGACUGAUUGCUAAUGGCAACGGCGUUACAGAGAGUGGACUAUAAUUAUUCCCCAGAGAGCUAGUGACAAGGAAGGAACAGAGCGAGAGCCUGGGGGACUGUUAUGGCAGGUGGCAUGGAGACCUCUGUUACAAGGUUUCACAACCUUGUUGAGUUGUUGCCUCAACCAAAUGAACUCAAUAUGGCUCGGAUGUGUUGUGAUGGACGUCGUACUAUUAGACAGACUGCCAUAACGUACCUACAACGAGCGUUAUACUAGCACAUGCAUAUGAGCUCCAGGUACUGACUGCAGGAGAGUGGCUAUAGCCUGCUUUCAAGAGGUAUUCUCCUGGUGCUGACUCGGCUGUUGGCUGACCUCCCCUGCUCAGACAGGGCUAGUGUGGAGGAGACCAGGGUCAGAGGAUCAAACUUACUCUGCAAGGUGUUUCUCCAGCACUUGCCGUCUCUCUCCCUCCUACCUACCUUCAAUGAUCUAUGGCUGACUAUACUCGACUAUAUGGACCAGUUCCUACACCUCAACAACUGUGACCUGCUAUUGUGUCAUUUGCCCCACUUCACUGCUGAGCUCUACGUCAGCUUUGACUGCAGCCUAUGCUCUAACGUGUUUGAGACACUCACUAAAACACUCUCCAAGUUGUGUCAUUUGCCCCACUUCACUGCUGAGCUCUAUGUCAACUUUGACUGCAGCCUCUAUUGCUCCAACGUGUUUGAGACACUCACCAAAACACUCUCCAAGAUUCUUCGGGUCUUUGAGUGGGUCAAUACAAGUACGCCAGAGUGUGCAGGCCAUGUUCUCACUGGCACAACAAUAUGGGGACAUCUUGAGAUAAGGUUGGAAGAACCUAGCUACUAGACUGUCUACUGGCACUAUUCAAGGCUAAGCUACUACCUGACACCAUGGUAGAGAGAGGAGGAGAUCAUAAUGCCGGACAAACACACUGGAAGUGUCAAAGAGAAUUACCAAUGGAAGACACUGUCUCAUAUCCCAGUGAUGGAAGACAGAGGGGAAUCCCCUGAUGACAUCAUCGUACCAGAUAAGGGGGAAGUCCCUAGUGAUCAGCCGCUUGAAGAUGGAUCACAUGACACAGAAGAAGAGUCACGGAAUGUAAUCACAGGCAGCCAAAUGAACCACUGCUCAACACUUAUCAAUUAAACCACAUGUAAAAGUAUGAGAAAGUUUGGAGUCAGAUACAGAUGAAAAAGGACUAGCUUGACAUACUCUCAAAAGUACAUUUUCAUUAGAAAAGGGAAAACAUUUUUAAUAAGAUUCAAUUAGCGCGUACUUAAUUUAGCGUUAAUUACAAAUUCACUAAAAUUAGUACCCGUUUAUAUAUAGGUUACAGUGUUCCAUGUGAAUAUGUUUAUAUAAGGUAUGGUUACAGUGUUCCAUGUGAAUAUGUUUGCGAAUAGUUUGAGGUAAAUUUUGGGGGUCUUAGCAUAAUUUACCUGUUGAUUAAUGCUCCUUAAUAGAUAAUUAUGGCCUUUAUAUAAAUCAUCAUGUGUGAUACUUCUCAAUGCUGUAUUCAAACAAACCUUGCAUGGGAGAGCCUGGGAUACUGUUGUGGUAGGUGGCGUGGAGACUUUUGUUACAAGGUGUGUAGCUCGCUGCUACACAGUAAGGUUGCUUGAUUAUGUGGUUACAAUAAAUGAGUAUUAAUUUUGUGCUAUAGUAGUACUUAGUUAUAAAUAGGUUAGUGACGGGGUUACACACCUUAUCACUGUGGAGGGCAGAAGAGCACAAGGAAUGGCAUGAAUGCAGGCAGACUCCAGUACAUUCCUCUCGGGUCAGUUUUAUAAGCUGGGUGCAGUGUGCACCCAGCACAAGUUUGUGGUAGUAGUAACCAUUAAUUCCAUAAUCCAUUUGCAAUGUACACUGUAUAUAAUAAUAGCUCCCACCCUACAUUCGUACAGUGACUGCUAAAUGUGAUGAACCCCAGGUACACUAGCCUAUAUAACUGAGAGUUGGUUAGUACAUCCAAUGUUGCUUUUGACAGCACGUGGAACAGUGUAUGGCUCAGAUGUGUUGUGAUGGACCUCGUACUGUUAGACAGACUGCCAUAAAGUACCUACAACGAGUGUUACUAGCACAUAAGCUCCAGGCACUGACUGCAGGAGAGUGGCUAGCCUGCUUCCAAGAGGUGUUUCUCCAGCACUUACAGUUCUCUCCCUCCUACCUACCUUCAAUGAUCUAUGGCUGACCAUACACUCGACUAUAUGGACCAGUUCCUACACCUCAACAACUUAGUCAGUGGGCUAAACAGACUCCCUGAUAUUACGUAUGGCUAUUAUGUCUGGUCCUACUGCAACACGCAAUGGUGUUCCGCUGUUCCAAGUGUGAGUGGUCCCAUUCUGAUCUGGUACCAAGCACAAGAUAUACCAAUACCCUGAGGCUGUAUCAGAAGACCUGUAUAGGAGCCUCUGGAAUGGAUUCAGAACAGUCUAUAUAGCCCUAAGAGACGGCAUAAAAUUGUACACAAUAAUUAUUACGAGUCUGUGUU